AUCUUUUCCGGUUUGGUUACGGCGCUUUGUUUAGGAAUGGUUAGUUCAUGCAGAGGUGAAGACCAACAUAUUUUGUUGAAAAGAAAAAUCUUCAGAAGGUGGACAGAUCAAUGGAAAUAUUCAUAAAGCAUUAGUCAAACUAAAGAGUCGGUAUGUAUUUUUGUUAAAGUCAAGAACAGCUACGAAUGAAAAAAAGACGAAUUCCAACACAUUAGUCAAAUCAAUGGAGUACAGGAUGAAAGGCAGUUCUAACCAGCAAAAAGUAUCCACUCUGGACCAAGCAGAACCAGAACCUACACAAUUCAAAGAGGAACCAGAUGAACUCUGCAUUAAUCAGGCGGAAGAGUCACUUUUGCUGAAUCAGGAUGCUGAUGUACAUGUGGAAUUAAAGUCUGAAUAUGAAGAAAAUUUUGGAGAUUGUAAAAAGAUGAUGUUUCAGUUCAAGGAACUGUCACAUUAUCAUCAGAGGAUUAGAAAUGCUGAGACAGAGUUACACAAAACAGACGUUCAACAGCAACAUCUCUGUGAGGAUGAGGAUGAAUGGCACCUCCAUAAACAGGAGCUACACACCAUUCUGGACCAAGCAGAAUCAGAACCUCCUCAGAUCAAAGAGGAGCCAGAAGAACUGUGCAGUGACCAGGAGAGAGAGCAGCUGCUUCUGAAUCAGGGGGCUGAUGUGAAAGUCGAGUUCAAGUCUGAUUUGUUGGAUCAUCAGCAUCAACCGAGGAACAUCAUCAUGAUUCCUAUAAUAAAGCUUGAAAGAAUAGAUCUAUCAGAGAAACACAUUUAUAAGGAGACUGAAGAUGAGCAGCUUCACAGGAAGGAGGAGAGGAGUUCCAGUCUGGAUGAAGAGGAACCAGAGAUUAAAGAGGAGUGGGAGGAGGUUUACAUCACUGAAGAAGAUGAGCAUGAACUGAAGCAGGAGACUGAUGAUUUUAUGGUCACUGAGCAUGAUCAGGAAAGGAUGGAUUCUGAACCAGAACCAAGUGAGAGUCCAGUUCUGGAAGAAAACACUCAAAUCAGAAACAAUGAUGCUGUGACUGUCCAGCUGGACUCUCCUUCAUAUUCUCAUCUGAAGCAGAGCCCACCUGUCAUAUAUCAGUCAUUUUCCUGUGACACAUGUGGAAACAUUUUUACUCAAAGUAGUGAUUCGGUAGACACAUCUGAAAGCAAUUAUUAUUGUAAAGUUUGUGAAAAAAGUAACACUCAAAGUGCUACCUCAAAAGCCCAUAUGAAAACCCCUACAGGUAAGAAAGCUUUUUCUUGUAAAGUAUGUAAAAAAAAUUUCACUCAAAGAAAAAAUGUAAAACUUCACAUGAGAAUACACACAGGUGAAAGGCCGUAUUCGUGUAAAAUCUGUGAAAAAAGUUUUACUCAAAAUUCUUCCUUAAAUGUCCACAUGAGAAUUCACACAGGUGAAAGGCCUUUCACGUGUAAAGUGUGUGAAAAAGGUUUUACCAAAGGUAGUGACUUAAAAACCCACACUAGAACUCACACAGGUGAGAGGCCUUUUUCAUGUGACAUUUGUAAGAAAGGAUUUAUCCAUUCAGGUGGAUUGACCUUACAUAUGAGGACUCACACAGGUGAAAGGCCUUUUACGUGUAAACUCUGUGAAAAAGGUUUCAUGCAAAGUAGUGCCUUAAAGGCCCACAUGAGGACUCACACAGGUGAAAGGCCUUACACUUGUGAGGUAUGUGAAAAAACCUUUUCUCAAAGUACUAAAUUAAAAGCACAUAUAAGAACUCACACAGCUGAGAAGCUUUUUCCAUGUGAAAUUUGUAAAAAAGUUUUUGUCUCUGCCAGAAAUUUGGCCUAUCACAUGAGAACUCACACAGGUGAAAGGCCUUAUUCUUGUAAAUUGUGUCAAAAAUGUUUUACACGAAGUAGUUCUUUAUGUGCGCACAUGAGAACUCACACGGGUGAAAGGCCAUGUCAAAUAAGCCAAAACGCUUCUGUCACACUAAUUGUUUUGCCAACUUCAUGAACACCCACACAGGUGAAAGGCAUCAGUCUUUUUUUCAUGCUCUUCCUUAACUGUCCUCAUGAGAAAUUGCACCAAUGGGAAGAUUCUUCGUUUGUAUCUUUACCGCUAACGCAACAUUUCACAAAUUCUGAGAAAGCAUUGUUUUACACCAAAAAAGAAAAUAAUUUUCCUCAAUUUUUAGAAUGUUCCAAAUAAAGUAAAUACGAUUACUUUCUAUGCAGGAUUCACAAAUAUGGGAGAUAGAUUUCUCACAGAUUUUUAGUAAUAGAACAGUUUCAUUGAAUUGUGAGAUUUUGCCUAAGAGUAUGACAUAUGUUUGCAAGUACAAAAGUACUUUCCUUUCUUGAAAUAUUUAAAAAUACGUCAUCAAACAUAGCUGUGCUUAACUACUGACAAUGAUUUAAAGUUUCCCUCCAACAAUAUAUUUUUUCUAUUUAAAAAAAUUCCUAGUGGUCUUUUUUAUUAUGAUUAUGCCAUUUUUAACCAAAAUCAAAAAGUUUUAAAGACAUAUUUUCUGAGUUGUAGGUGGGAUCGUUUCUCCCGCUAGCUUCUGGCACCUCACUAAGCUAACAUUAACAGCAAAAAAGAAAUGGUGAUCACAAUCAGAGCUAUCCAACUAUACAGUUUUGAGCCAGAUGGCAACUCUGAUGAGAAAAAUGAAGAUGGAAAUUGAUCUAUUUGUCUGCAAGUGGAUGCUUAAGAACUUUGACUCACCCUUGGCAUGUGCUGCCUCACAAACUUGAGCUUAUCUAAACUGCAGGCUUUCAUCUGUUCCUGAUCCAUCAUGAUUUUAAUAAAGAAAUACUCAGAAAAACAGGUUUAAUCUUGAAUUGUUUCAAACAAAGUUUAUACAAAGUUACUGUCAUAUUGUAUUGUUUAGAUUUAUAUAGUGUGAAUUAUUUAAGUUACUGGAAAAAAGACAAAGAAGUAGACUUAAAUAAGCAUUUGCCUUUGCCUAUCCCCUUGUCAAACAUGUAUUUAUUGAAUUCAGUUUGUGACAUUUAUCUUAUGAAAGGUGAUUGCAUUGAUUUUUUUCUAAGUCUGUUUUGUAAUGUUUAUAUGUUUGAAAAUAAAUCAAAAAUCAAAUCAAAUAUAUGCCCCCCAUCAUGAGAAAAAUGCUACAAUUUCAUGGAAGUGGGUCUUGAAAUGUGUUUGGACUUUAAUUAAAUGUAUAAAUCUUUAAUAAUUAAAUAUAAAUUAUGGUGGUCUGUUUAAGUUCAUAGCAGAUAUGAAAAUAAAGCACAAUGAUCUCAAGUA